AUGAUGUUCAAAUAAACAAAAGUGAAUGAUGGCUUCAAACUUCCUAGAAUCGAGAAGCCCUCUGCUUACAUUAUUUAGACCAAUCGAGAUUCCUUGGAUUUUCUAUUGGGAAAGAAUAGGAAUCCCUUUGAUUCCAAUAAGGUCCCCCAAUUGAGACAAGAACCAAAGUAGAUUACUGAGAUGCCAACAAACCGAUUCGCCCGUUGUGGCAGUCAACUUUUGGAUCCAUCUUCGCAGGUGUUUAAGCCUGUACAGUAAACUCAGAGAAAAAUCAGUCAAAUGGAUUGUAAAUAUGAUAUUCAGAAUUUCUUUACUCUGGAACCAUAACUCGAGGCCAAAAAACCUAUUGUUAUUAACAAGAGAAAUCGUGUGCCCAAGCAUUACCGCUUAUAAACCUUUUCGGAUUGGGUCAAGAAGUUAUAUGGUUAAGAUUGGUUUAAUGAUUAAAUAUGA